AUGAAGAUGAGGGAGGUCGAGGAGAGAGGCGAGGUCCAAAAGCUGCUUGAGAUCGAGGUCGAUCGGAAUACCAAUGGAAGCACUCAAGCUUACGCUCUUGGAACCGAUGACAUGGAGUUGAAUGAGAGAGUGUUGCCGAUUCCAUCAAGUGGUCUCAGAUCAGAUACCAACAAAGCUAAAACCAUGAUCGAGUUAGGAGGGAACGAAGAGAAGUCUCUAACGGACAACAUGAUAGAAAAUAUUAAAUAUGGAGGAGGUGGAGGUACGACGGUUUACAAACUUAAUGUUACUCAUGACCAACUCAGUGCCCAUAAUGUGUGGAUUGAAACUGGUCCCCCAGAGCAUAUCAGCAUGAUUGUAGUUGGUUGGAUGGUGCACAGGGAAAUUACCCCUGGUUAUCCAGCAGAACCUACUUCUACUUAUGGUGGAGCUCAAUAUGAGCUUCUAAUCCAUAUCGAACAGGAUAGAAAUAUUGGGAAUUGGUGGUUGAUUGUGAGCGAUCACAAAGUGGGCUACUGGCCAAAGGAACUAUUCCCGUAUUUGCGCAAUGGCUCACUACACAUAGCUUGGGGAGGAAUUGGCAUAGCUGGAAGCAAUGGAUUCUGUCCACCGAUGGGAAGUGGUCACAUGCCAGAUGGUGUUUACGAGCAUGCCACUGUCUUUCGAGCACUCCAUUGGGUUCGAUCGGAUGGCAAAUUCCUACCUCCUUCAGAUAAGACCACGGAGUGGGUGGAUAGAUCCAAUGUUUAUGGUUUGAUGAACCAUCACCACUUCGGAAAAUAUCGAAGUGGCUACAUGAUUAGCAUCGGAGGUCCAGGAGGUUACUGUAGGGUAUAG